CUUAUAGAUAUUAAUUGAUUUGGAGCUAAUAUGCCACCGUGUGACAAAGUGAUUCUUUCUUUGUUCUUCAUUUGGGUUUUUACAUUGGAUAAUAUUUUUGCAAACGAGGGAACAUGUACACUGGUUUUGAAUGAAGAAGGGGAUUCUGAGCAGAUUGAAAUGAAGACCUAUAAUUUUACAGGACUCUCAAAUAAGGGAACCAUUGUAUCGUUUUCCCGAGAACCAUGUGUCAACAACUCCACCAUACACCUGACCAUCUUACCAGAAGAUAUCAAAGUGCUGACUUUCUCAAAAAAGAGCCAGGCUAAGUUGACGCUGAAUAUUCGCUACACACUAGCGUUUUUUCGCUACUCCAGCUGCCUACAGACACUUCAGCGGUCCGUGCUGCUGACCCGGUCAAGAGAGUUUAAACAACUGACUUGCUGGCUGCCAAUAUCAGUCCUCGAUCAUCUUCAUGUUGCCAUCAAUGUCACGGUUGCCGGGGAGGAAUAUAACACAGUUGCCAGUUCAACGUUAGAUGCUAUGGACCAAGCCAUCACUUGUAAAGAGGGGUGCAAGUCUGAUGACAUUAUGUUCAACACAUCCUACCUGUGCUCGAAAAAUGGAACAUUAAAUCACAAGCCGUCGGCACGAGUAUUACGCGUUUCAUUCGCACCAUUAGACAAAGGUCAAACUACACUUAAACACUGGUCGGUUACCAAUUCAAGCAUAUCAUUUCAAUUUAACGACAAAUACAAUGGUAUUGGAAGGCUUGAGGUCUCGUAUCGACAACUAAAUGCAGACCUCUACUGCUAUGUGUACAGUGACAUCAGAAUAGUUUGUGAUCACGUGACGUCAAAAUCCGAUCCAUAUGUCGUGCAGAAACUAAUGGGAUUUCAUCGUGCGUAUAAAAAUAGAAGAGAAAGCACCCCCAAAGAACGUCGCCGCCUAUCCAGUCUUCUAGGCCACUUGAAGACAGAUGAGGUUAUCAGAAACUCAAUCCUUAAUAUGCACAAGAUAGUCUCUGAGCCCGAGGCCCAGCCACUGCGAGGCCAUGGUAACGGAACUUCCAGUGAACGACCAGCUUCCUGAGGAAUUCCAUACACAAGAGUUCACACAACAGGAUAGCAAGUUCGAGCCAACGAGGAAUUCGAGCCAAGCGAGUACGAGAAAGCUGGG